AGGAUGCUAGGGCUGGGAGAUGAUGGGCGGCCGCCUCCUCACUGGAGGGAUUCCUGGAGAAGCUGCAGUGUGGGGAUGCUUUAGACCGAGUACUGCCCCCAGUGUCUUUCCACCUCCUCCUGCAGCAGCGGCAGCGGCAGCAGCAGUUAGCAGCGGCAACUUGAGGCUGCACCCCGGGCAAGCCCCCAGGGUGGUGCUCAGCCGAGAGGGGGGCUCGGCGCCCCGAAGGGGUGUGUGUAGGGUGGGGGCGACCAGCUGGGACCAGCUGGUGGCCCUGGAAAACCUCCCACACACCCACACCCACACACCCCUUUUGUGUUGCAGGCUGCCCCUCCAAGAGCGGAGGCAGCGAGAGCACGCGUGUGCCUCGCGCCGGUCCACGCGGGGAGAGCACUGGGGACCGAGACCCGGCACCACCUCCCGGUCCGCCCUCCAGGGAAAACAGGAAAACUAGCAAGAGAACUAGCAAGAGCUUGAACAAACGCCUGGACUCAGAUUGGAAGACUACUCAUUUGUCUACUCCCUCAUUCCUGGAAAUCGCACUGAAACCGUCUGAUUAAGAAAAACAAAAUAAUUCUGAAAGAAAGAAAACAAAGAAAAACAUACUCCAGAAUUCCUAAUAGAACAAUACAGAAACUGAGGUACAAGAGUCAUUUACCCCAGGUCGACUUCACCUGAACCUAAAAUGGUGAGCGAGAGUCACCAUGAGGCCCUGGCAGCCCCACCAGUCACCACUGUCGCGACUGUUCUGCCAAGCAAUGCCACAGAGCCAGCCAGUCCUGGAGAAGGAAAGGAAGAUGCCUUUUCUAAGCUGAAGGAGAAGUUUAUGAAUGAGUUGCAUAAAAUUCCAUUGCCACCGUGGGCCUUAAUCGCAAUAGCCAUAGUCGCAGUCCUUUUAGUCCUGACCUGCUGCUUUUGUAUCUGUAAGAAAUGUUUGUUCAAAAAGAAAAACAAGAAGAAGGGAAAGGAAAAAGGAGGAAAGAAUGCCAUUAACAUGAAAGAUGUAAAAGACUUAGGGAAGACAAUGAAAGAUCAGGCCCUCAAGGAUGAUGAUGCUGAAACUGGAUUGACUGAUGGAGAAGAAAAAGAAGAACCCAAAGAAGAGGAGAAACUGGGAAAACUUCAAUAUUCACUGGAUUAUGAUUUCCAAAAUAACCAGCUGCUGGUAGGGAUCAUUCAGGCUGCCGAACUGCCCGCCUUGGACAUGGGGGGCACAUCUGAUCCUUAUGUGAAAGUGUUUCUGCUACCUGAUAAGAAGAAGAAAUUUGAGACAAAAGUCCACCGAAAAACCCUUAAUCCUGUCUUCAAUGAGCAAUUUACUUUCAAGGUGCCAUACUCGGAAUUGGGUGGCAAAACCCUGGUGAUGGCUGUAUAUGAUUUUGAUCGUUUCUCUAAGCAUGACAUCAUUGGAGAAUUUAAAGUCCCUAUGAACACAGUGGAUUUUGGCCAUGUAACUGAGGAAUGGCGUGACCUGCAAAGUGCUGAGAAGGAAGAGCAAGAGAAAUUGGGUGAUAUCUGCUUCUCCCUUCGCUACGUACCUACUGCUGGUAAGCUGACUGUUGUCAUUCUGGAGGCAAAGAACCUGAAGAAGAUGGAUGUGGGUGGCUUAUCUGAUCCUUAUGUGAAGAUUCAUCUGAUGCAGAAUGGUAAGAGGCUGAAGAAGAAAAAGACAACAAUUAAAAAGAACACACUUAACCCCUACUACAAUGAGUCAUUCAGCUUUGAAGUACCUUUUGAACAAAUCCAGAAAGUGCAGGUGGUGGUAACUGUUUUGGACUAUGACAAGAUUGGCAAGAACGAUGCCAUCGGCAAAGUCUUUGUGGGCUACAACAGCACCGGCGCGGAGCUGCGACACUGGUCAGAUAUGCUGGCCAACCCCAGGCGACCUAUUGCCCAGUGGCACACCCUGCAGGUAGAGGAGGAAGUCGAUGCCAUGCUGGCCGUCAAGAAGUAAAGGAAAGAAGAAGCCUUUCUGCAUUUGCCCAUAUAGUGCUCUUUAGCCAGUAUCUGUAAAUACCUCAGUAAUAUGGGUCCUUUCAUUUUUCCAGCCAUGCAUUCUUAACACAAUUCAGUGGUACUUGGAAUCCUGUUUUAAUUUGCACAGAUUUAAAUGUAGAGAGCCCCUAAGUCCUUCAUCAUACCACUGCCCUCCAAAUCUACUCUUCUUUUAAGCAAUAUGAUGUGUAGAUAGAGCAUGAUUGAAAUUAUUUAUUGUAUCACACUGUUGUAUAUACCAGUAUGCUAAAGAUUUAUUUCUAGUUUGUGUAUUUGUAUGUUGUGUUUCCUAAUCUGUGUAUAUCUAGAUGUUUUUAAUAAGAUGUUCUAUUUUAAACUAUGUAAAUUGACUGAGAUAUAGGAGAGCUGAUAAUAUAUUAUAUGGUAAUAUAGUAUCGUCUGCAUUCCAGCAAAAAUAUCAACUCAUAAGGCACUAGUACAGUUAAACUGACAUCUUAAAGGACAACUUAAACCUGAGCUUUCUAUUCAAUCAUUUGAGUACCAAGAUAAACUUACACCACAUACUUGGUGGGUGAAUCCAAUUUUGUAGAAUUCCUACACAGGCAAAAUAGCAUGAUCUGAGCAGCAGCAUCCAGGCUGACCUCAAGGAAGCAUAGCCACAAACCAGAAUAGCAUCUGUCUGUACAUAUUUACAAAGCUGAAAUAAUGGCUUCACUCUUACAUUUGAGGAAGCAACUGAACAGGAGUCAAUGAUUUCAUAUUACUCCUUGUAGAAUAACAACAAGGUGUUCCGUGCGUGCGUGUGUGUGUGUGUGUGUGUGUGUGUGUGUGGUGUGCACACAUUUGUUUGGGGUUUGGGGGAGAAGAAGCUAAGGGGAGAAGUUAACAUUUAUGAACUAUUGCCUGACUAUUUAAAAAGAAAAAAGUAGCUCUCCGUUAUCACCUUUAUACAAAAUGUGCAUCCUGUGAAUUCUGUUCCAGAUUUCACACCUAUCGUAAUUCCAAAAGGUUUGCACAUUAGAGUUUGUAACAAAAUAUUUUAUUAUAUAAAACCAGAUUAGAAGGAAUGCAGGAUAUUUUUAACACAGCAAUCUGUGCUUAUUACACAAAAUUACUUUGUGGUAAACAGACAGUAUUGUAAUCCCAUCAAAAGAUGAAAAAAAAAAAAAACCAACAACAAUUAGCCAUAGUUCUGAAUGCACUUCAAUUAAGCCAAAACAGACAGCUAGUGAUCUUUUUAUAUGCUCUUUUUACUUAAAUAAGUUUUAAUUUGUCCUUUAAAAAAAGGUGAAACAAACCAAGAACAAGUUCUAGAAAACUGAAGCAACCUCUUACGUAUACUAGAUGCUUGAUUUAGGAGGAGUUUUUAAACGUUUUCAAUGUUAUUAUGUAGUAAAUGGCACUAUUAUGAAGCUACUAGUCAUUCCAUAAGAGUCUUAAAGGACUGCUCUGUGUAACACUGUGACUGCCGUGUGUGCUUAGACCCGUAGUUUCCUCAGUGGAUAGCACUCAAUUUAUUCCGUAGUGAUAUUGUAACAAUACUGCCAUUCCCUUCUACUGCACUGCCCAAGGUGUGUGUAGCACAAACAGUUCUCAUUACAAAGGACCAAUCCAGAACUGAAAAGCUAUGCAUAGGACAAGGAAGAUACAUAGAAUGGGGUGGAACACAGCAUUUUGUCAAGCACUGUGCAAUAUUCCAUAUUUUUCCCCACUAUGGUAAACAACCACUUCGUGGAAGGGCAGCCUAUUAUCUCACACUGCAUCUAGCCUUUUCUCCCAUUCACUUCUGUGACCCAUUUUAAUUCCCAGGCCACAGACAGUAACGAUGCUGUGAAAUGAAAGUUUGUCUUCACAAAUACCAAAACAAAAUGGAGGAAAACUAAGCAUUGGCCUCAUGUUCAGUCUUCAGGAUAUCACACCAUGUCUUUUCAAAAACUAAA